AUGUCUGCAGUCGAACAGCAGCAUGAGGCACCUGACGGUGAACAAGCAGUUCACGAAGAAAUUGACAACGCCGAUGAACAAGGCGGCGCGGAAAUCGUUGAGGUCCAAAUGGAUUUCAAUGAAGUGCAAAUCGUCGAGGACAAUGUGGAAAUUGUCGAGGUCCAGGUGGAAGAUGACAAUGUGGAAGUUGUCGAAGUCCAGAUGGAAGACGACAAUGUGGAAGUUGUCGAGUUCCAGAUGGAUGACGUCAUAGUCGUUGAUGUUCUGCCGGCCGACGCGCGGGCAGAACUUGAAUUCGCAGACAUCUUCGACCAUUUACCUCCGGACGUCGACGAAGAGUUCGAGCCGAUUCCACUGGGUGUUCCUGUGGCGGCAGAACGUUUGCCAAUGAGAGACCGUCCGGCAGGUGUUCAACACCCACUCCCGGACCAACACAACAUAGGUGCUUUGGACGCGGUUUGCCGAGAAUGCAACGCCCGUCACUUCCACUGCGAGCGCGCAGCUAGAGGUCACUUCUCCACGUGCUGUAACAACGGUCAAGUGACCGCCACAGGACAGCGCGUUCUGCUGACAGCAACUGUGCGUUUAACUAAUUUGUUGAUUGAUGAUUCACAGGACGGUACCAACUUUCGAAGGGAGACUCGCCGGUACAACAACUCACUGGCGUUCGCAGCGUUCUCCAGCGACCUCAACCGCAGACGGUUGCCGGGUCGGGGACCAAGCGUGUACACUGUUCACGGACAAGUGUACCGCAGGGUCAACAAUGACGUCGUCGGCAACGAACACAGGCCACCGAGCUACUGUGAGUUGUACUUUGUCAACUCCGCCGAGGCCAACCAGUCCGGAAUGCGACAAACAGGAUGUCGCAGACCGUCUUUUGGCAGGAACAUGAGCAGGUUGUGGUUGGAGGAACAAGAAAGAGCCAAUGCCAACCCUGAUUUGAUUGGACCGAGGUCGGUAAGUAUGCAUUUUGUUACAGAUGCAGCCAGGGACCAGCGACCGACCGCAAACAAAGUUGCGGCCGUGUUCGUUGGUGACGACGGACGACCACCGAGAGAAUUAAAUCUGGUAAUUUUUGACAGGAAUCCCGUUGACCCCCGACAUCGGAUGCAAACCAUACCCGCGGGCUCAUGUCACGCAGAUCCCAUGUUGUACCCUCUGUUCUUCCCGCACGGGGAGAGCGGAUGGCACUUCAACGUGAUGCAAGAGGGUAACCGCAACAACCAAGAAACAACUAUACUGAUCACGGAGGCAUAA